GAGAGGACGAGUUCUCAGGGCUACCCCUCCCAGUGACCCCAUUGUCGGCACGACGGGAGGAGACGGAGGAGGGCGUGGUCUACACUGUCAGAUAUGUCCGGCAGAGGGGGGUGCGAGAGAGCAUAAUGUGGAAAAACGAUUAUGAGCCGGAUGGAUUUUCAAGGAGAUCAUGAGCAACUCCAUCCCAGCGUACAACCUCGGGUACCAAGAGACGAAAUACGUGACGAGGAAUGGAACUCAUUCCUAUGUUACCCUGUACAUCUACACUGAAACCUACUGGUUGGUCGUCACUUUGUUAAAUAACGGUCAAGGAAAUAAAACUUCCAAAAUUGAAGCUCCGAAAAUGAAAAUUGAACCAACGAGUCGUGACCUGCCCUACACUGUUGGGGAAAACGCAACAUUUACGCCAAUCGAGGAAGAUUCAGACCGGCGCAGACCUCCUGGAAGUAUGUCCAGUGGGCGGAGUCAUGUGGAGAGUCGGCUGAUUGACCUAGACACACGGACCUUGGUGCACCAUGACGUCAGCAACCUGCAGGAUACACUGCUCUGUUUGGGGUUCCGAUAUUUCCAGAAUAGAACUCAGGAAAAUGUACCCGAGUGGACGAGCCACACCCCUCGACUAUUGGAGCUACUCGGUACGACAGACACGGUUCAAGUUCUUCAAGAGAGUGGACGCCUACGUGCCGUCAUCCCGUGGCGUGAGCCAGAGGUACCAGUGUGUGGCCUGGGGCAGUCUGGGGCAGUCCAUCACCAGGAACUACACACUGGAACCUUUCCUCAAGGCCAGGAUUGUGGAGGGGGAGUCGUCGCUUGUCAGGGACGGGGACAGGAUGGCCAAUCUGACGUGCACAGUCACCGGUGACCCUAUCUCCAACAUAACCUUUAACCUGUCGUACAACUUCAAGUACCUCCAAAACCAGCUGCCAGACCAGGUGUACGACCACAACGGCACCACAGUGGCCGUGAAGCAGAUCGUCUACGACGACGGGGACGAGUACGGGUCGACCGCGGAGAGCACAGGAGUUCUGUACGACGCAGCUUGUUCUGUCACCCAGAACGUUCUCGGGAGGGAAGAAUUUCCCAACACCGAAACGUAUUAUUACCCCUCGCCUUAACUUUUUAAACUCUUCACCACUGAACACAACACUUGUCAUCAUAGCUAAGAAAUAUUGAAACAUACAAUUACCCUUCACUUUAGCUCUUUCACCUCUUCGCCGUUGAACAAAAUGAUUGUCUGAAAAAAUAAGUUAGCUCUUAAGUAUAAUUAUGAGAAAAAGGAUGAAGGGGAGAGGAGUUUACGUUCUACCUGGGUAUCUGGUUCUCAUUUUCCAAAGAGCAAAACUCUAUUAACAGAAUAUAGUUCGCUCUUCGCUCUUCCGUUUUCUUGGAAAGGAAGACUUUCUAAACAUUGAAGCACACCAUUACCCUUCGCCUAAACUCUGUAACCUCUUCACUGCUGAAAAAAUAACACGCUUGCCAUCGAACCUUAGAAUAUUGAAAAAUACGAUUACCCUUCGCCUUUACUUUUUAACCUCUUCGCUUCACUAUUGACCAAGACAAAACACUUGCCAUCUAACCUGAGUAACGUUGAAACAUACUAUUACCCUUCGCCUUAAGUUUUUAAACCUCUUUAUUGUUGAGCGAAACGCUUACGUGUGUCAUCCAACCAAAGGGAAGUUGAAACAUACCAAAUAUCAUUACCUUUCGCCUUAAGUUUUUAACCCCUUCAUUGUUGAACAAAACAUUUGUCAUCAAACCUUAGUGACCUCUGCGGUGUUAAAGGAAAGAGGAGAAAGGGGAGAGGGCGAUACCUUGUACAUGGGUAUACAAUUCACAAUUUCCAAAGAGCAGAAGUCUGCUAAUAUUAGGAUUUCGUUGGCUCUACCCAAUGUGUGUAUCGGGUGGUUUUACUAAGCGUUCACGGCACAGUGGUGGGAGGGGGAAGGACGUAGCGGGCACAAACCGUCGGCCAACCGUUCAAAAGUGCUAACUCAGUCAAAUAUUUAGAUUUUUUUUUGCUUGUUAUGCUUUUUUGUUAGGUUGUUUUUUUUGGUAAGUUUUUUUUUUUACAUUGAAGUUUCUUAUGUUUUGUUUAGUGAGAGAUUUACGGCACCCGCAAAUGCAGAAGAUCAUUUGUAAUGAGCGCGCUGGAUGAAAUCAGUUGUUUUUACCGUUGUUCACAGCACGGUCUGGUUCCACUCUGUUCCAAUUUCUCAAACUAUUAGGUAUUAAUUGCCUGGGCACACGAAAUAGUUCAUCAAACAUUUAAAUCCUAAAAGUUGCAAAAGGCAAGAAAAGAUGCACAAUGUGGGUACAAUGUCUUAAAGAAUGUAAUCGGGGUCGUUUGUUAUUGGGUUUUUUUUUGCCCUCUGUCCUGUACAUGGGGGGGGGGGGGGUUGCCCUCUCUCCUGUACAUGGGGGGGGGUGCCCUCUCUCCUGUACAUGGUUUUGUCUUUAUUCAGUUCUUAGUACAGUUGAAGAGCGUGCCGUGCCGACGGUCUGUCAAAGCAGCUGUAGGUCAAAGGUAAUAGUAUGGCAUAUUUCCUACCAUUAUUCCCAAAACACAAACACACAUGUGCAUAUAGGCCUAUAUAAUCAUUGUACAUAUGUUGUUGUCUGCCUUGUUUUGGUUUCAGAUAAAGGAAACAGAACUGACAGAUCUGUAUGAUCAAUGGA